GUUCAAGGUCACGAGACAUUUAUAAAAGUCAACACAAAUAAUCGCACACUAGUUUCCGGAAUAUCCUAAUGUCAUCCAACCAAGGGAAUAAGAUAGACCGGUACGAAAUCUUCCGCAUUCGUCAAGGCAUGAGGCCCAGAAGUAAUGACGAGGCAUAUUUUGAUUGCAGUGGCAGUCCGAUGAUCGACGGAUUUGAUCACAAAAUACGGGUUUACAAUAAAAAAGGAGCAACAGGAAAUCAAAGAGGAGUCAAUUCUGAGCAAACAUAUGGAAGCAAAAAUACAUCAGACUGUAGUUAUCAGCAAGAUUUUGGUGAUAACUUAGGUCCAUUGGUUACUUAUGGGAUCGAUGAUGAACCCAAGCCAGGUGAUAAUAAACGUAAAUGAAAUUUUAAAUGAGAGAAUUUGAUCAUCCAUUCUCAUCACUGUUGUCAGUUAUUAUUUUGUUUUAGUAAUUUGGAUCUGUGAAUUCAUUCAUAACUACAAAAACUGAAAAACCUCAUGUUUUUUUUUCCGAAUUCAUAUUUACUACUUAUUUUAUAAAACUUACAAAUAUGAAUGUUUUUUUUCUUCUCUUUAAUUUUUGUUUUUUGUAAUCAUUAUCUAAUAAAUUAUCUAUACAACAUUGAUUUUAUAUCAUUAUCAUAAUAUAAACCACAUGGUAUCUCUUAG